AGCAUGCUGAAGCUGGAACAUCUGACAACUACCAGGAGCGGACCUGUCAUGGCAGAAAGGGAUAUAGUGAGUCCAGACGCAUUUCCAUCAGCACCAUAUUCAGUAUGGCCAGGAAAUCAGUAUGAUUUCUAGAUUUAGGUAAUGCUGUUCUCGAGAUGUGGGGGGCAACCACUGAAUUAAAAGUCAGAAAUAGAGUCUUAGGCGUUUUUUCUAAGCCUGCAUAUCUUCUUAGAACUAUUGUAGUUUGUACUUCGUAAAAUCACAAUAUCUGAUAGCAUCUUUUAAAUAAUAGAGGUGGAGAGCGCUUGUGGGGGCUCUCCACACUUGACUCACAAUUUCACUAGAGAUGUGCUGUGCCAUAUAGAAGCAUGGCAUUAAAAUUGAAGGAUUGGAUCUUGACAGUAGUGAGAUAAAAAUAAAUAGAUACAAAUCAGCAGCUUUCAUAGGUUUCCAAAGGUGAACAGCCAGCAUAAAUGGAGCCGACAGUUGUGUCUGGCCCUUUGGGGCACACGCAGUGGGAGCCAGAGCAGCCAUUUCCUCUUGGAUUUGAGACACUGGAUUCAGACAAUGCAGGUGUGCCCUGUCAAAACAAGAGUGAACAGACGGGUUUGGACUUCAGGAAUGGCGACCAGAACAACAUAUCCCAACAGACUCAGAAGGAAAAGGAUUUAGUGGACAACCACCUGAAUGUCUCAAAUCUUUCUUUUGGAGAUUUGCAGUUUGAGGGAGAUCACACCACUAUCUCCCAAACUUUUCUCCACAGUACUCACAUUAAGGAUUUGUCUUGCACAGAAAAAACAGAGGGACUUGAUGAAAUUAGUGACUGCACAUUGUCCUGGCUAUUUUCUCCCAACUUCGCUGAUGUGAUUGGAAAAAACUCUGCUCAAAAGGAGCUGACUCUUAAACGGGAUUCCCCUCUGGAGGACUUAGAAGUCCUCAGUAGUCGGGUUGCGCUAAUAACCCUCAGCGUGCCAUCAUCUCCAGUGAAGACCGAUACAGGGGAUCCAUUUUUGCUAGUAGAUCUCUCCAAUGAACAUCCUGCUCCCAACUCAGAGUCUUCAGGCGAGUUAAACCCACAGGGUGUCAGUGAGGAGCUGGUAAAGGUGCCAUGUAAGGAGCAGGUCGACCUCCCUCCCUUACAGAGCAGGGAGACUUUGUCACCUGAAAUUGGAGACAAAGGUUUAUUCCCUGAUCAAGUGACUGAUCUGCCUGUAACCAGUAGCGCUACCCUACAAGGUUUACCUGAGAACUGCCUCCUUCAUAACACACACAGCACACCGCUGGAGUGUUUUGAAGGAUCUGUGCCUUUGUUGGAUUUAGACGUUCCAGAUUUUGACAGCAGCCUAAGCCUGUGGCCUGCCAGUGCUGCCUCUGUUAUCUACACAGGAACUCCAUUAGAUGUAUCAUCAGAGGAGUCAGAAGUGGUACAUGAAGAAGCUGCUGUUAUUAGGAAUCUUACUUUAGAGCAACAAGGUGAGAACGACCUGCUUGCUCUGGGUUUAUUAAACGAACCUUCAUCACUGACACUGCCUCUGGUUGAAGAUGCCCUCAUCCAGGGUGAUCUCAGCAGUCAGAGUUCCUCUGUGGAAAACACGCCUAAGGAUUUGAUGGAAGACAACAUCUGUUCUGAAGUCAAAAAUCAGGGAAAUGAGGCAAUGGCUUUGGAUCCGUGCUUGACUGUUGAAGAGGUCCACGAUGACGAAUCUUGGGACUUGAAACCCCAGGAGGGAGUGCGGAAUGAAAACAGUCCAGCAGCUGAGGAGAGGCCGGCCGACACUACACAGCUCCAGGGUUCAGGCUGUGAUGAAGUGGCCUCUUUUGAUUUUUCAGUUCAGGAUUUAAAUACAACUUCUUCUGAGCCUGAGUGGACUAGUGAGCAGGCCGUGGAGACAGUCUCCCUCUCCAACAUGGUGGUAGAUGACUCACUGCCGAUGGUCUCAGCUGUGAGUGCAGGGGAGGAAGAAGUCUCCCCUCUGAAAGCUGUGUUCGAUGCUUUAGACCAAGAUGGUGAUGGCUUCGUCCGCAUUGAGGAGUUCAUGGAGUUCGCCACUGCCUAUGGGGCCGAUCAGGUGAAGGAUCUGACAAAGUUUUUGGAUCCAAGUGGGCUCGGUGUCAUCAGCUUUGAAGAUUUCCACCGUGGAAUCUCUGCCAUUAGCAAUGGAGGCCCGGAGCCACAGCUAUACAGUGUAAACUACAGUCCAGGGGAUGGAGCUGUCGGCUGUCAAGAGGAGUACGAUGAGCAAAAUGAGGUGACAGACAGUGCAUACCUGGGCUCCGAGAGCACUUACAGUGAGUGCGAGACCUUCACUGAUGAGGACACAGGGGCCCUUGUACCUCCUGAGAUGCACGAGGAUGUGGAGACGGACAGCGGCAUCGAGGCCACGCUACACGACCCUGAAGAUGGCAGCAACAGGUUUUCCCUGAACUCAGAGCUCCAUAACCACUCCCUGGUGACGGUCAUUGGUGGAGAGGAGGAGCACUUUGAGGACUUUGGGGAAAGUAACACUUCAGAGUUGCUGCUGGAGAGCACCACAGAAGGGCCCGAGGGAGAGGGUGACUCCCAUCUCACACAGACGCCUGAGCAAGUCAAUGGCUCAGCAUUGCGCUCCCCCAGUGCACCCACUUCUCCCCCUGGCUGCUUUCAGAGCUUCCUCAGGGAGGAGGCGCUGGACUUUUUCUGUAGCCAGUGUCACAAACAAAUAAGUCGUCUUGAGGACCUCUCCACUCGUCUCAGUUUCCUAGAGAUGACUAGCGCUGGCAAGCGGCUAUCCAGCAAGAAAGUGGCGAGACACCUCCUCCAGAACAGCUCGAUGACUCUGGACACCAUGAGCGACUUGACGCGGGACAUCCUGGAGCUGGCUGACAACGACAUCACAGACAAGGUGCUCCUCCUUGAGCGCCGAGUGGCAGAGCUGGAGAAGGAGUCCGAGGCUUCAGGGGAGCAGCAUGCACGCUUGCGCCAGGAGAACCUUCAGCUGGUGCAUCGGGCCAAUGCCUUUGAGGAGCAGCUUAAGGAGCAGGAGCUCCAAGCUGACGAGGAACUGCAGCAGGAAACCCGGCGUCACAAGGAGGCCCUCAGCAAGCUGGAGCGAGAGAGAGGGUUGGAGAUCGAAAACAUGCAGGCGAGGCUUCAGCAGCUGGACGAGGAGAACGGUGAGCUGAGGUCCUGCGUUCCUUGUCUUCGAGCAAACAUCGAGAGACUAGAGGAGGAGAAGCGGAAGCUGCAAGAUGAGGCUGAAGCCAUGGCCGACAGGCUGAUGGAGGAGACAGAGUCUCGCAGGAAGAUGGCCGACAAGCUGAGCCAUGAGCGCCACCAGAACCAGAAGGAGAAGGAGUCCACGCAGGAGCUGAUUGAAGAUCUGCGAAAACAACUUGAGCACCUACAGCUGUACAAAUUGGAGGCUGAGGCAAAGAGAGGACGUUCACCUGGAGCAGGGCUGCAGGAGUACCAGACCCGCACCCGUGAAGCCGAGCUGGAGCAGGAAAUAAAACGACUCAAACAGGACAACCGUACUCUUAAGGAGCAGAAUGACGAAUUAAACGGCCAGAUUAUCAACCUGAGCAUCCAAGGAGCAAAGAAUUUGAUGUCUGCAUCCUUCUCUGACUCCCUGGCUGCAGAGAUCAACUCUGUGUCUCGCACAGAGCUGAUGGAGGCCAUUCACAAGCAGGAGGAGAUCAACUACAGGCUCCAGGACUAUAUUGACAAAAUCAUCGUGGCCAUCAUGGAGUCCAACCCCUCCAUCCUCGAGGUCAAAUAAACAGCCAGAGGGACUCUACGGACUGCAAUUAAGAAAAUUGGAGAUAUUUCUAAUAGAGGAUAUAAAAAAUAUUCUGGAAGGAGAAAAUAAACAGUAACGCCCAACUCCCCCCAUCAGAGAGGAUUUAACAAACAGUUCAUGGCUGUCGUUGACAAAUAAGCUAGUUUAUUUUUGGUUAAGUACCCAUCGAGUCUGUGCUUUUUGUGAGGGUCUGUGUCGGCCUUCCUGAUAACACUUGGGUUCUGAUGACGUCCAUGUUGGUGGCUAGAGGGACCCAAGAUUCCCCGUUUGAGUGAAUGAAUGUGUGUGAGAGGGAAAUAUCCUACAAAGUAGAAACCCCUUUUCCAAACGAUGCUAGAGCUAAAACCUGAUCAGUUGUACCUAAAGGCCUUAAGUAAAAGGUGAUCAAAGUCUUCAUUAGUUAUGCCACACAUGCCUCAGUUCAGUCAGCGAAGGCUUGCUGGGAUGGUGGCAGCAUGAUGGCUCAGAUCAUCUGAGCCGCGCUGAAUCGUGUUUUUAAACAAAAGCCGUAUGAAGCGCCGCUCAGGAGCCGAGUAGAAUCUGUCCUUAACAUUUUAAAAGUUUGCAGUGCUUCGUAGCCCCGCGCGCUUCUUUCCUUUAACAGAGCUCAGCCGUCUUUUCCAGGAAACUUCUGCUGGGUCGCAGACAAGGAA